AUGAACUACAUAAAAAAAUAUGAACAAGACAGGCAAAAAAAUGAGGGUGCCUUCGAGUGGCGAGGACAACCAGUGACCGCGAGCCACGUGUCUCAACGGGAGGCAGCCACAACCUUCAAACCACUCGACGGGGAUCUAAAUAACACUGGUCAAUUGCACACACAUUGCAUCGGCGAUUAUCCGGACGGUCACGGGGGGGCCCAAAUCGCCGGAGAAAAUGACCCCCCGUCGAACGUUACUCUGUGGGCAGAUAAAUCUCAAGAGAAUAAUGAAAUGAACUGUGUGAACUCUGGCAUCAGCCUCAAUGAGUGGGGCGAAUCAAGCUUCACCAAUAGCGUGUCUGAAGAAGGCAAUACUUCUGCUGAUUUCUCGUCUGGCUCAUUGAACCCUCCCAGCCGAUUCCUCUCCCGCUUCAGUUUCCAUCCCGGGAACAUAAGCUUCCGUCUCUCGAGAGGCAACAGCAUAAGCUCGGCCAGGUCAUAUACCACAUCUUCAGCGGGUUUCACAAUUUCAAAUGAACAAGAAGAUUUGGCGGGCCCUUCGUGUAGUAUGGCAGAUAGGAGCAACAGGUCACGUGGUUGUGAAUUUAUUCCUGCUUGCUUUGCCAAUAGAUAUCCUGGGACACCAGAUGAGAACUGUGCAUCUAACUCGAGUCCUGUUUUAUCAGAGAGUUUCCACGAUAAUUUUAAUAACCAACAGUUAAAUUCUGGUGGUGAUGUAUUUAGGAGUGGAAAUGAUAUGAGAGAAAAUUGUGAUUUGAUAUUUUCUCCUAUAAAUCCUAUUAACUCGGAUGGUGGUGGAACAAGACAUGCUGAAAGAAGGAUUUCCGUCCGGGAACCUGUAGACCGAAAUGUACGGUUUAGUAGAACUUUAAGUGUGGGUAGGCUUCGUGACAGAGUCCUACGAAGAAAUCCAACCGUCGAUGUUGAUUUGUAUGAUUUUCAGCAAGAUAGGGAAGUUAUACUAACUCGUCGACCUACUGAAAGAGAGGUUCUAGGCCAUGUGGAAGUGGAAUCAACAUCUGAUGGCAAUAAUAGUGUCAGUCAGCAAGCUUUGUCAGAUAAUGUAUCAUCUAGUUCUUCUAACCCUUUUUAUGAUGGUCAAAAUAAUGUCUAUGGAACUCCACGAACUAGAGAGACCAGGUACCGUGAUCUUCUUGAGCACAGGUCAAAUUUUCUUGAGCGCAGGAGAAGAAUAAGAUCACAGGUGCGUGCACUUCAGAGACUAGGCAGCCGUUUCGAGAAUUUGUCUAGUCAUGAGAGGUCUUGCAUCCUAUCUGGUCAGUACCGUGGAGGUCAUUGCACCUGCCGAAUUGCCACUCGGGAUGGUAGUUCGAAUGACGAUGCUAAUGCUAGGGCUAGCAUAUCGAGAAUCGUCAUGUUAGCCGAGGCCUUAUUUGAGGUCCUGGAUGAAAUUCACCAGCAAUCUGUUGUUAUAUCCUCUCGGCCAUCUGUUUCUUGCAUUGGAUCUGUUCCAGCACCUAAUGAGGUGGUGGACUCUUUGCCGUUGAAGAUAUUUAGCAAAUUGAAGAGGAAGCCAUGUGACGAAACUGAUCAAUGCUACAUAUGCCUUGUUGAGUAUGAAGAUGGAGAUAGUGUUAGAGUGCUUCCUUGCCAACAUGAAUUCCACAGAGCAUGUGUUGACAAAUGGCUCAAAGAAAUUCACAGGGUAUGCCCCCUUUGCAGAGGUGACAUUUGCCGACCUGACUUAUUAGCUGCGGCGUGUUGA